AUGACGGGGUAUUUCAUCUGUUAUACUGAUCUCACCUAUAAAGACGGGAUAAAUGCUACCUGGAACUUCACCUUCAUUAACCAACAUAUGAAUUGGUCUGAUGCUCAGAGCUACUGCAGACACAGCUACACAGACCUGGCCACUGUGAGGAAUAAAGAAGAUAAUGACUUGAUAAAUGCAAUGUUUCAGAAAGGCACUUUUGUGUGGAUUGGCCUGUUCCGGGACACAUGGGAAUGGUCAGACCUGUCAAACUCCUCAUUCCGUAACUGGAAAAUUGGUCAAAAUGAUAAUAAGAAUAACGCAUGUGCUUUAGCACAGGUCACCUGGCCUGGGACAUGGGAUAUGACACCAUGUGAUGAAAAGCAUCCAUUCAUAUGCUAUGAUGAUAACCUCAUUCUGGUAAACAGAACCAUGACCUGGAAUGAAGCCCUGAAUUACUGCAGAACGUACGAUUCAGACCUGGUGUCUGUCCACAAUGAGGAGAUCCAGUACUGGGUCAGUAGGAGGGCUGAGAAGGCCUCCACUGAUCAUGUCUGGCUGGGGCUGCGCUUCUCCUGCUACCUGAACUUCUGGUUCUGGGUCAGUGCAGAAAAUGUCUGCUACCAGAACUGGGCCCCAAACAACAUAUCCAACAGUAACUUGUGUGGAACCACAGGGGCAGUACAAUCUAAAGACCCACAUUACUGGGUCAGCCUGCCUGAGACUAAGGAACUCAACUUCAUCUGCUCCAAAUAUCCAAUUCCCACAGGAAAGAGAACAGUGGUGAGACUGACUGUCAGAACUGAUGGAGAAAUAAAGGAGGAUCCUGAAUUCAGCAGCCAUCUGUUAAUGCAGUUACAGGAGAAACUGAUCAGCGCAGGCAUGUCAGAAGGCACCAAACUAUCCUGGAGGACUCAACCUAAUGGCCAAAUCUUCCAUCUAAAGGACUAAAGAGCAUAAAUGACAAGG